CAGGGCGGGCCGACGCUCUCAGCUCUCGCCAAAGCGGCCCGCCAUGGCGCCCAAAGAGGACCCCAAGGCCCCCGCCGCGGCCGCGGACAAGGCUGCCGACAAGAAGAAGAAGAAAAAGGAGGAGGAGGAGGUGUCGGAGGAGGACGCAGCGCUGAUUGAGAAGAUGCAGCUGCUCGUGACGCGGUGCUCGGACGUGGAGAAGGGGAUCCGGGUCAACGCGCUGACGGAGAUGUCGCGCGAGAUCCGCGAGGCCACCUCGUCGAUGACCUCCGUUCCCAAGCCGCUCAAGUUUCUCCGGCCGCACUACCCGACCCUCAAGCAGAUCCACACCGGCGGCGGUGACGAGGAGGUCCAAAAGAUGCUCGCCGACGUGCUCUCGGUGCUCGCGAUGACCUAUGCCGAGGCGCGCCCCAGCCGCCCCGACGACGGCGCGCGCGAGUCGCUGCGCUACAAGCUCAUCGGGGCGGGCGGCAAGGUUGGCGCGUGGGGGCACGAGUACGUCCGCCACCUCGCCGCCGAAGUCGGCGAGGAGUACAACGCGCGCCUCGCCGCCGCAGACGCCGCCGCGGACCGCGCGCGCGAGACGGAGGCGGCCAAGGAGGAGGGGGGCGAGGCGGCGGAGAUGGAGACGGCGGAGGCGGAGGGUGCGGCUCCUCUCCUCCCGGCGGAGGAGCUGCUGCCCCUCGUGACGGGCGAGAUGGUCCCCUUCUUCAUCGCGUCAAACGCAGAGUCGGAGGCGAUCGACCUACUGAUGGAGUGUGGGCAGGCGGACACUCCCCCCAGACACCUGCCAGACACCUUCCAGACCGUUCUGGUCGCCUCCUACGUGGCCGAGGUCUCCUCCUACGUGGCCGAGCCCGAGGACGCGCAGGCAGUGCUGCAGGUGGCCAUCGCCAUCCUGCGCAAGCUGCGCCGCUUCCCGGAGGCGAUGCGGCUCGCCCUGCGGCUUCGGGAUGACGACGCCAUCUCCGAGAUCAUGACGGCGUGCGACGACCCCCUCGUCUCCAAGCAGAUGGCCUACAUGCUCGCGCGGCAGGGCGUGCGGCCCGAGAUCGACGGGCUGGCGGAGGAGCUCGACCGGGUGAUGGACGGGGCGCACUUGCCGGAGCACUUCCACGAGCUCGCUCGCGACCUGGACGUCCUCGAGCCAAAGACACCGGACGACAUCUACAAGUCGCACCUCGAGAAGCGGCCCGCCUCGGCCGCCGCCGUCGACUCUGCGCGCGCCAACCUCGCGUCCACCUUCGUCAACGCGUUUGUCAACCUCGGCUUCGGCGCGGACAAGCUGAUGCUGCCCGAGGGCAACAAGUGGCUCUACAAGAACAAGGAGCAUGGCAUGACCUCCGCCGCCGCCUCCCUCGGCGCGCUCCUCUGCUGGGACGUCGACGGCGGGCUCACGCAGAUCGACAAGUUUCUCUACAUGAGCGAUACCAACAUCAAGGCGGGCGCGCUGCUUGCCGUCGGCAUCCUCAACUGCGGCGUGCGGAACGAGUGCGACCCGGCGCUCGCGCUCCUCAACGACUACGUCGAGCCGGGCGCGGAGACGCCGCAGCUCAAGAUGGGGGCGCUGCUGGGCCUCGGCCUCGCCUACCUCGGCACGCGCAAGGCGGAGGUGCUUGAGCAGCUCGUGCCGGUCGUCGCCGACUUGGACACGCCCCUCGAGGUUGUCGCGAUGGCGUCGCUCUCGCUCGGCCUGACGUUCGCCGGCUCGUGCCACGAGGACAUCACGCAGACAAUCAUCGCGGCGCUGAUGGAGCGCGAGGAGGCGUCGCUCGCGACGGAGUCGCUCACCCGCCUCCUCUGCCUCGGCGUCGGGCUGCUCUACAUCGGGCGGCAGGGCGAGGCCGAUCUCGCCCUCGAGCUGGCCAAGGCGGUGCCCGGCGAGGCGGGCGCCUACUGCGCAAUCACGCUCGAGACGUGCGCCUACGCGGGCACCGGGAACGUGCUCAAGGUGGACGCGGACCUCAACCCGCUGCCCGUCACCGUCCGCGUGGGGACGGCCGUCGACGUCGUCGGGCUCGCGGGGCGGCCGAAGACGAUCACGGGCUUCCAGACGCACACCACGCCCGUGCUGCUGGCCAUCGGCGAGCGUGCCGAGCUCGCGACGGACGAGUACCUGCCGCUCACCUCGGUGCUCGAGGGCGUGGUCAUCCUCAAAAAGAACCCAGAGUUCGAGGGGCAGUGAGGAAGCACGGCGAGGCGCGGUAAGACGCGGCGCAUGCGUGGCGAGGCGCGCGGGGGGGGGGACGGGGGGGAUGCCGCCCAGACGCCACACGCACACCCACAGGUGCCACCUCGCCUCGGGAGCCCCGCCGCGACUUGCCAAUUCGCGCCGCCAACAGAACCGUGUCUCUGGCGUCCAACGAGCUUUUUCUGUAUUGAAGAGAGUCUGACGUCUGUCAUCAGUG